UGCAGGAAGUGUCUUCCCCCGCAAUCGUCGACUCCGCACGUCCAUACGAAUGUGAGGUUUGUAGCAAACGAUUUAUCCACAAUAGGAACCUUCGCCGACACGUUCGGACACAUCUCAACGAACGACCAUUCUGUUGUGAUGUUUGUGGUAAAUCAUUUAUCAGACGUAGCGAUACUUUGCGACAUCGGUUGACACACACCAGUGAGCGACCGUUCAAGUGCAAAUUUUGCGACAAAAGUUUUGCCUCUAAACGUUACCUGAUUAGGCACAUUCUUAUUCAUACGGGUGACUACCGUCACAAGUGCGAUGUGUGUGAUAAAGGAUUCGUUAGCCAUGCUCGUUUGAAGGAACACAAGGGCAUUCAUACCGGUGACCAACCAUACAGCACGGAAAAACUGGUAGUCGAUCGAGCGAAUGACAACGGACAGAGCAAUGGAAAAGCAGUUAACACCUCGAAGGCAGCAUCUUCCAUCCAAACCAUUGAUUACAAAAGUUAUGAAUGCGAACUUUGUGGCAAAAGAUUUCUGAAGAAAUAUAAUUUAAAGGUGCACAUGCGCAUUCAUAGUGGCGAAAAACAAUUCAAAUGCGAUAUCUGCGGUCAAGCAUUCACCACACGCUGCGGCAUUUCUCGCCAUCGGCUUUUACAUACCGAUAAGCGGCCAUAUAUUUGCACCGUGUGUGGCAAAGAUUUUAAGUUCAAAAAUAACCUAAUUACCCACAUGGUCCAUCACACGGGUAACUACCCUCACAGGUGUGAUGUAUGUGGGAAAGGAUUCGUUAAUGGUAUUCGUUUGAAGGAGCACAAGCGCACUCAUACCGGCGAGAGACCAUACAAGUGUGAUAUCUGCGAGAAAGGAUUUGCUGUAAAAGAUCAAGUGGUUGUUCACCUACGCACUCACGCACGACCGUCUCAGUGUGAUAUUUGUGGAAAAGAAUUCAAAGAUAAUUAUCUAUUCGUCCUACACAAAGGCAUGCACGAGGGCAUCUACCGCUUCAAAUGUGACAUUUGUGACAAAGAAUUUCUGAAGAAAUGUCAAUUUACCGUGUACAUGCGCUCGCAUAGUGGCGAAAAACCAUUCUUAUGCGAUAUAUGCGGCAGAGGCUUUGCAGCAGCAAUAACCCGGAAUCGGCAUACGCAUUCACAUGGUAUUGAGCUUCCUUAUGGUUGUGAGAUUUGCAAACAACGAUUCCUCACUCAACAAGAACUGGACUCGCAUAAGAGUGAACAUGUCGGUGAACCACCACUUCGGUGUGAGACUUGUGGAAAAGAAUUUGUCUUCCGACACUACUUCGAUCUGCACAUGUUGACGCACACCGGUGGAAAACCGUACGAGUGUGAUAUAGGGUAA